AUGAGGGCAUUCCAAGAAGCUUUCUUUGCUGUGUUAUGGCUUGUUCUGGUGACUGCCAAGGAAGAAACAACCAAACACCUCCGCAGUCGACGAUCUGCUGAAGACCUGUGCAUGAUGGCCAAAAUGGAAAUCGGUGACGAAUUUUCAUGUUUGCGAAUGCUGUAUUACGGGAACAAUUGCGGACCUUUCAGGGGAGAUAAGCCUCCACUAGAUCCGAUAGACCAGUGCUGUGAUAUGCAUGAUAAAUGUUUGUUUCACUACCGGUCUAUGUGCAGUGUUGCUCGGAUAAGCCUUUAUUUCAUGCAAUAUAAUUGGAAUGUAGCACCCAUGAAUGGAAGACCGUUCUGUCCACGAGGAGGACAUGCUUGUGAUAGUAUGUGUUGCGAGUGUGACUUGGAAUUCGUCAGGUGCGUGGGACAUUCAAUGCACACCUACCAUAUGAUGUGA